AUGGAGUUGCUUACCAUAGAGAGAUUCUUACCAUUCUUAGAACCUUUUGAAGGUAAAGAAUUGUUGACACCAUCGGAAUGUUCCAAGUUGUCCUUGAUUAUAGUGGAGGUUUUGGUUGAUCGUUAUGUUGAUUUUAAAUUGUUGAAAUUCUUGAGCCGGUUUUUGACUCAGGAAUUGUAUGAUGAACUAAUAGAAGAGAGGAAUAUCGAACAUGCAUGUGGAUACAUAAAGUGCAAUCGGUCACCGAAAUCAUUGGUGCGUCGAUUGUACAUAAAGUGCAAUCGGUCACCGAAAUCAUUGGUGCGUCGAUUGUCUAUGAAUAGUAACGGGAUAACACAAGCCGGUUCAGAAAGCGAUCCAGGUGCAUCAACCAAAUAUCAAAUCUACAAUAGAAAACCUACCAUGAUAUUACCCAACACGUAUCUUUCCCAAUACUGUUGCAAAGAACAUUACCAAGCUUCGAUUUUUUACAGAAACCAACUCAGCAACGAAGCACUUUUUUCCAGAAAGAAUAUAUUUACAACGCCGCCGUUCUCGUCAGAUAAAUUCAAUUGGUACGAGAAUUCCAUUACCUGUUUGGAAGAAGUAAUUGCAAAACACAAGGAAUUGAAACAAUAUGGUAAAUCGAUUUCCGAAGUGAUUGCUAUGAUGAAUGGAUUGACUGUGAGUGACUUGAAUAAUAAUAGUGAACUAAAUGAUGAGACAAACCAAUUAAUAAAACUAAUUGAAGAUUUUGAGAUUGUGGAGAACAAUGAACCCAACAUGAAUGGAGAUCUAGAAGAAGUCGAUGAAGAAGGUUAUACCCAGGAUAACGAAGAAAACAUACAUGAUAUAACGAACAAUGUGGAAGGUUAUGUGACAUCCAACAAAAGUUUUGGUGGGUACGUUGUGUAG